AUCUAUCCUUCGGUACUUGUGCAUAUUGAUAUACCCACUAAGCAUCGGCCAGCUACACUAGAGUUCUGGGUUCUUGUUCGUUUACCAUUUGUGCAUUGCUCCGAAGUCAGUCAAGUUCUAUUUGGCAUCUUUCUGCGCUCGCUACCUCACUCCUCAAGAUGGGAUUGAUGGGUAGGACUACAUUCUGAGAGAUAGGAAGGGAAAGAGUCUUCUUUUAUAAUUUGUUAUCUCUUUACCUUGUUUUUUUCUUUGCUUUCUGGGUUCUUGCUCUUUAGCUCCUGGAAGCGCUGCAAUGGCUGAAUAUAUAUGUUUGUUCAACAAGAUUGAUGUGUUAUGGAAGAUGAGGCGAAAUGGGUUUGUAGAAUAAUACUUUGCGUGUUCUGAUCUGGGUUUCAUACUGGGUAUUAUUGUGUUUUGCCUUGGAUUCCUGAGCUUAUUUUUGGCUUUUUGUCCUAAAUCCACAUUGUGAUUUUUUCCCCCUUUUGUAAAGGCCUUAUCUUUUGUGGCUACUGCAAGUUCUACGGUUUCUGCACUCUGUUUUCCUUGGUGCCUGGUGGAGCGCUGUGGUUUUUAGGUUUUUAGCACCGACUUCUAUUAGGAGAUACUGUUUUGAAUGCCUAACUUAGAUCAUACUGUUGCAGUUUUUCUUGAUAAUUGCUUUUUUUUUAAAAUUUAUUUAGCACGUUUUUUCUUCUAUUAAUAGCAUGCGUAUUCAUUGUGUUUCACAGGAUACAAUAAUCAUAAAGCCUCCUAAGAAAUCUCCCAUUUUGUUAAGGAUGAUAGUUUUAGUAUUUGCCAUGGUCUGUGGUGUUUAUAUCUGCUCAAUUUGUUUAAAGCAGAUUAGCACCCAUAGUAAAAUUAAAAUCGAAGGUAUUCAAGUCAUUGAGAGGCCAUCUUUUGAAAUUGAACCGAAACAGAGGCAAAUUCCAACUGUGCAUUUCCCACAUCCUGAAACUUUUAACAGGGCUGAAUGUGUCCAUAAUCCUGUCAGAUACUUUGCAAUACUAUCAAUGCAAAGAUCAGGGAGUGGAUGGUUUGAGACCUUGUUAAAUAGUCAUGUCAAUGUAAGCUCAAAUGGAGAGAUAUUUUCUGUGUUGGAUAGGAGGAGAAAUGCUUCAUCAAUUAUAAAGACUCUAGACAAACUUUACAAUUUGGAUUGGUUCACCAGUGCUUCUAAAAAUGAAUGCUCAGCAGCGGUUGGCUUCAAGUGGAUGCUUAAUCAGGGAUUGAUUGAGCACCAUAAAGAUAUAGUAGAAUACUUCAAUACUAGGGGUGUAUCUGCAAUAUUUUUGUUCCGAAGAAACUUGCUGCGACGGAUGGUUUCAGUUCUUUCUAACUCCUAUGAUCGGCAUGCUAAGUUAUUGAAUGGAACCCACAAGUCUCAUGUUCAUUCUGAAGAAGAGGCUGAAACCCUUUCAAAAUACAAGCCUAGAAUCAAUUCAACAUUGUUGAUAGCUGAUCUAAAGGAGAUGGAGAUAAUGGCUGCCAGGGCUUUAGAAUACUUCAAUAGCACCCGUCGCAUCAUUUUGUAUUAUGAGGAUCUCAUGAAAAACCGCACAAAACUCAAGGAUGUUCAAGAAUUUCUGGGGCUUCCACUUAUGGAAUUAACGAGCCAUCAGGUCAAAAUACAUAAAGGUCCAUUGUCGGAUCAUAUUGAGAACUGGAAAGAUGUCAACAAGACACUAACCAGCACAGAGUAUGAAAAUUUCCUCCGAGUUGACUAUUAAAAUUUUCAAAGUCUACUAACCUGUGGAAUGGUGUAUGUGAAUACUGCUUCAACUAAUUUGUCCCAGAGGUGCUAGUGAAGCAAUGCUAAAAGUCCUAAGCUUGUAAAUUUAAGGGUGCAGUUUCAAGUCUUAUAGAUAGCAACUUCAAGCAGAAACCCUGAAAGGAUGGGAUCGCCUCCAAAUGCUUCCAUAAGGAACUCCCUUUUGGUGUCACCAUAACUAUGUAAUGUCCAAGGUGACAAGAUCGUGUUUUUUCAUUUAAAAAUUUUGACCAUGCAGUGCUAUUGAGCAUGCCUUUCUUCUUUUUGCUCAACACUUUGUUGAGCCCAAACUUUUCAUUUUUCUUGAUCUUCUUGUUGAUCAUAUGGACAGAGUGUACAUUUCAGCUAAUCAAUUUCAAGCAAAUAUGAGAUUAUUUCAGCAGUAUCAUGUUUUCUUGUAAAUAGCUGUCUCUGGUGUAUGUCUGCUUCAUGGGGGUAAAUUUUGUAUAAAUUUCAUAUAGGUUGUGGCCAAAUUGUGAUCACCUGCAGAGACUUGACCACGUGAGGUGGUGGGAUAGACAGAUGGUGAUAAACCUCAAAUUCCUUUUCUUUGGAUAACUUUCACGUGUAGAUGAUAUGAGGCUUUGUAGGAAUUAGUUUGCUGGAUUUGUAGUCCUCGCUCUAAGGAAUUGAGAAUAGCUUGUUUUAGCUAUGUUUUCUAUUAUCAUUGCGUCAUACCUGCUUAUUACCACCCGCUUUGUUGCCAUCCAAGUUUGCCUCUCCAUUGAAGGCAAAAUGUGUACUCAGCUAUGGAUUGACAAGAGCUAUUGAAGAAAAGGCCAAAUUUUGUAUCAUUCAUCUCAAUUUUAAAUCAUAGUUAAAUUUAAAAAUCAAUUUAAGGAAAUUUAAAAUUUAUUACAAAAAAAAUUGUAUUUUGUUGUGAAGUAACAAUUUAACAUAAUAUGUGGUUCAACUGAAAGGUUUAGCCUUUUAUAGAACUGAUGAAAAGCCUAAUAAGGCCCUUUUAACAUUAGGAAGAGGCUGGGCACAUUGGUUAAAUGGAAACAAUUGUUUUUUACCUUGAAUGCAAUCCAUAGCUUCUUCAAUUUGUAUCAUUCCUUUGCACUGCCGGCUGGAAUAUUUCACAACUGAAUACAAAAAGGGUAGCCGGCGCUCAAGCGAUGGAGGUAGAGGAGGGGUGUGGAAGAGAAGAAAUUAACGAGGAAGUGAAAAAGAAAAUUUCAUCUUAAAAGGGUGCCUUAUUAUUUUGUUGCUAAAUUUUAUCAUUAUUAACAUGUUCAUCCUUCUAAUUUGAAAAAUGGAUUAAAAUGUAUGUAAAGUAUGGUUCGUCUACAAAAUGUUACCUCCAUUUGAUAAUUUCAAAUGAAUUAAAUUACUAUUUUUUCUUAA